ACCAACACUUAAACAGCUUCUUGUCUGUCACAAUGACCGGAAACUAUUACAUGAAAUGGUGAAAAUGUUACAAAAAUUCCGUUUAUCUAUCCAUGUAAGUGUGCCUUGCAGCUCAUGGAUAUGUCAUACAUUAAAAUCAUCCCAUCCACGUGAAUGUUCUGGUUCUUUCAAUUCCUUUUGUUUCUCUUUUCUGUCUUCCCUUAUUAGAGACUACAGAUUUAUGGUGUGAUAAUAGCGCUAAUAAUUUGCAUGCUAAGCUUGAGUAGGUUUAAAGAUUCUUGAUAUUGCAGGGAUAAAAUAAAAAUAAUCAUAAUAUUUUUAUAGCAGUUGAUAUAAAUGAUUGAUCAGGAUCAAAACGCUGAAGCCCGAUGUAAUUUGCUAGCUUUAGUUUUACUGUUAGCAUCUUAUGAUUUUCCAAAUGAUAGAUAGCAAACCAACACAUGGAAGAAGAUUUUAAGCUUAUUUAACACGUUACUCCUAGAAGAGAAGAAAAAGAAAAAACUCCUUCAUUGAGAUUAAACUGAUAAUGUUUUAGAUUUCAAUUCGUUGGUUUUAGGAAAAUGUGGUAGCUUGUUUUUAUUACCUUUUUUUUUCCUUUUACUUUCAAAAUUUAGUAAACCGUCUUGCACCAGCAGUUGUGGCUGUAGUUUAGUGGUUAGAAUUCUACGUUGUGGCCGUAGAGACCUGGGCUCGAAUCCCAGCAGCCACAAUAAGCCUUUUUUUUUCCUCUACGGCUGCAAUAAGAUCAACGCCUACAGAAACUUCAUACUUUUUCUACAACAUCCAUCAGGAGCGCACAUCACCGUCCCCGCACUACGUUACAAUUUAAGCUGGCUACACUGAAUCAAAUUGGAGCAACUAUUUCCCGCCAAAACCCUCCUUCCUUUCUCAUCUUUUGCCGCCAAAUCUCAUUGUUCUCUCUUACCCUAAUUCCCAUUUUCAUCCUCACAGCUUUCUUCUCUCUCUCACACACAUACAUUCAGUGAAGUUGAACCAUGAAGGACCUCAAUUUUAACGCAGACAAAGUUCUCGCCAAAGAAUUCCUCUCAAACUUCGCAGACGCAAAUGGCGAGGCCAAAUACAUGAACAUCCUUCAAGAAGUCGCAAAUCAUAAAAUUAGAGCCGUGCAGAUCGAUCUUGAGGACCUAUUUAACUACAAAGACUUGGACGAGGAAUUUCUGAGGCGGGUUACUGAGAACACUCGAAGGUACAUUGGCAUUUUCGCAUGUGCAAUCGACGAGCUUUUGCCAGAGCCCACUGAAGCCUUUCAUGAUGAUGAUCAUGAUAUAUUGAUGACACAGAGAGCUGAGGACGGAACCAAUAAUGCAGAUGGGUCUGAUCCACAUCAGAAGAUGCCUCCUGAGAUUAAACGUUAUUUUGAAGUUUAUAUCAGAGCACCUUCAAAGGGGAGGCCGUUUACCAUUAGGGAGGUGAAGGCUUCAUAUAUUGGCCAGCUUGUAAGAAUAUCUGGAAUUGUGACCCGUUGUUCAGAUGUUAAGCCUCUGAUGCAGGUAGCUGUUUACACAUGUGAAGAAUGUGGCUAUGAAAUUUACCAGGAUGUAACUGCUCGAGUAUUCAUGCCCUUGUUUGAGUGCCCAUCAAAGCGAUGUUCAGUGAACAGGACAAAGGGGAACCUUAUCCUUCAACUUAGAGCAUCCAAGUUUUUGAAGUUCCAAGAGGCCAAGAUUCAAGAGUUGGCAGAGCAUGUUCCAAAAGGCCACAUUCCACGGUCAAUGACAGUUCAUUUUAGGGGGGAAAUGACAAGAAAGGUUGCUCCAGGUGAUGUUGUUGAAUUAUCAGGGAUCUUUCUUCCUAUUCCGUACACUGGAUUUAGGGCAAUGCGUGCUGGAUUAGUUGCAGAUACAUAUUUGGAAGCCAUGUCUGUCACUCAUUUCAAGAAAAAAUAUGAAGAGUAUGAGCUUAGGGGAGAUGAAGAAGAGCAAAUUACACGAUUAGCUGAGGAUGGUGAUAUAUAUAACAAGUUGGCACGGUCUUUAGCACCUGAAAUUUAUGGACAUGAAGAUGUUAAAAAAGCUUUGCUUCUUCUUCUUGUGGGUGCUCCACACCGGAAGCUAAAGGAUGGGAUGAAGAUCAGAGGAGAUUUACAUAUUUGUUUGAUGGGUGAUCCUGGUGUUGCCAAAAGUCAGCUUCUUAAGCACAUCAUAAAUGUAGCACCCAGGGGAGUCUAUACCACUGGCAGAGGAAGCAGUGGAGUUGGUUUAACUGCAGCUGUGCAAAAAGAUCCUGUCACAAAUGAGAUGGUCUUGGAAGGGGGAGCCUUGGUGUUAGCGGAUAUGGGUAUAUGUGCUAUUGAUGAGUUUGACAAGAUGGAUGAAUCUGAUCGUACAGCAAUACAUGAAGUUAUGGAGCAGCAGACAGUCAGUAUUGCAAAGGCAGGGAUCACCACAUCUCUGAAUGCAAGAACUGCAAUUCUUGCUGCUGCUAAUCCAGCCUGGGGAAGAUAUGACCUACGCAGAACACCAGCUGAAAACAUCAAUCUCCCUCCAGCCCUGCUGUCAAGAUUUGAUCUUCUGUGGUUGAUCCUAGAUCGAGCCGAUAUGGAUAGUGACCUUGAGAUGGCAAGGCAUGUUGUUUAUGUGCACCAGAAUAAAGAAUCUCCUGCUCUUGGGUUCACUCCACUUGAACCAUCCGUUCUUCGUGCAUAUAUUUCUGCUGCAAGAAGAUUAUCCCCUUUUGUUCCAAAGGAGCUGGAAGAGUAUAUUGCUACAGCAUAUUGCAGCAUUCGACAAGAAGAAGCUAAAUCAAAUACACCUCAUUCGUAUACUACUGUGAGGACUCUACUCAGCAUUCUUCGGAUAUCAGCAGCACUAGCAAGGCUUCGCUUCUCUGAAACCGUGGCCCAGAGUGAUGUGGAUGAGGCUCUUAGGCUGAUGCAAAUGUCAAAAUUCUCCCUGUAUUCUGAUGAUCGCCAGAAAUCUGGUUUGGAUGCCAUAUCUGAUAUAUAUUCAAUCUUACGAGAUGAAGCUGCAAGGGCUAACAAGAUGGACGUGAGCUAUGCCCAUGCACUGAAUUGGAUUUCUAGAAAGGGAUAUAGCGAAGCUCAGUUGAAGGAAUGUUUAGAGGAAUAUGCAGCCCUAAACGUGUGGCAAAUACAUCCUCACACCUUUGAUAUUCGUUUUAUUGAUGCCUGAAGUUUAUAUUAAUCAAUUGGAAGCAACCUUAAACACAGAGCAAGCUGCAUCUGUCAGCACCCGAAGGAAAGGUGAGUGGGAAAGCUUGUAAUCACAUCCCUUUUUUAAGUUGUUGGAUUUAACAUAUAUAGUAGUCCACUGUACCUUUUAUUGUUUAGGUAGUCAGCAUUGCAGACUUUGAUGCUAGUUGUGCUAGAGUGUGUACCUCAUUUGAAACAUGAGAUCGGAAAGUGAGUGUGUUGUGGGCGGAAUUACUUUUCUUUUAACUAACCAUGAUAAAAACGUUGUCUGAACUUUUAAAUUCUUUUCUGAUGUCUAACAUGGUUAUAUGGAUUGUGAAUUGUGAUGGUGGUGAACGAAUGAAACAAUGAAAUUCUUUAGGACGAGGCUAACUGGGUGUUGAAAAUUACGGGACUAAGCUUUGCUGACAUAAACUUCUCUGCCUUUCUACUUUGUAGUAUGGAUAUCUGCAAAGAUAUUUUUACAUUUUCGAAACGAAAAAGUAAUUUCGGACAUUUGACGGAUAUUUAAAGCUAAUAUGUGAUGUGAUCAUGUUAGUAUAGGUUUUAAUUGUAAUUAGUUGGCAUUAUUGUCCAUUGUCAACCGGAAUCUUCUUUUGAAAUGCCAAAUGGAAGGGAGGCGGAUCUCGUGAUUCCAUAAUCCACUUUGACUCAAACAAUUUCCUAUUACGUAUAUGAAAUGUCAAUUCUAUCCCUAUUACUUGCAAAAACAUUUCAC